AUGGAACUGGAUACCGGCUCUGCAGUGUCAGUGAUGGCGCACAGUGACUUUGUGCAGUACUUUGGAGACCAGAAGCUGAACUCGUCAUCUGUCCUCCUAAAGACAUAUACUGGAGAGAAAAUCAAGCCCCUCGGCGUAUUGCCGGUGGAGGUACAACACAAUGGCCAACAAUGCACAUUGGACUUGUACAUUGUAAAAAGAGGAGGACCAGCACUGUGGGGCCGAGACUGGCUGAGGAAAUUACAGCUGGAUUGGAAGUCCAUUAAAAGCCUGCAGGUGGCGCCAAACACCACCGACAAGUCCACAGAGGUCAAAUUGGAGACAGUCUUGGUGGCUGCAACGCCUGUAUUCCAAGAUGGAAUUGGGACAUUAAAAAACAUAAAGGGCAAAAUUGUUCUUCAAGACGGGGCCAUUCCACGUUUCCACAAAGCACGGCCAGUUCCGUACGCCAUACGACAGAAGGUGGAAGCGGAGCUGGACCGCCUAGAGGCCGACGGAAUCCUGUCUAAAGUUGACUGGAGCCCAUGGGCCACACCCAUUGUCCCAGUAGCAAAGAAGUCAGGGGCAGUGAGGGUGUGUGGGGACACCCUCACAAUCAAUCCUGUGCUACAAGCAGAACAAUAUCCACUUCCCAGGAUCGAGGACAUUUUUGCAAACCUGGCUGGUGGAAAGCGGUUCACCAAGGUGGACCUGGCGGAGGCCUAUCUACAGAUGGAGAUAGAGGAAGACUCGAAGAUGUUCCUGACCAUCAAUACUCUGAAGGGCUUGUACCGCUACAACAGGUUAGUGUUCGGAGUGGCCUCAGCCCCGGCUAUCUGGCAGCGUGCUAUGGAUCAGGUGUUGCAGGGGAUUCCAGGUACACAGUGUUACUUAGAUGAUAUAAUUGUGACUGGGGCCAACGAUAACGAACACCUGGAGAACCUCCAUAAGGUCUUACAGAGACUUCAAGAUUACGGACUCCGGGCUAGACGUGACAAGUGUGAGUUUUUCAAACCAUGUAUCACAUACUGCGGCCACACCAUUGAUGCACAGGGUUUGCAUAAAUGCAAAGAAAAGAUCAAUGCCGUCAUGAAGGCUCCUCAGCCACAGGAUGUACAGCAACUGAGAUCGUUCCUUGGAUUCAUCAACUACUACCACCGGUUCAUGCCUAACCUGUCUACAGUGCUCCAUCCUCUGAACGAACUACUCCAGGCAGAACGGAAAUGGAAAUGGACCAAGGAAUGCGAACAGGCCUUCCAGGAAGUGAAAAGGCUGGUGACAUCAGAGACAGUGCUCACACACUACGACCCGUCCUUGCCUGUGAAGUUGGCAUGCGACGCGUCACCGUAUGGUAUAGGGGCCGUUAUGUCACAUGUCAUGCGGGACGGCACUGAGAGACCAAUAGCGUUUGCCUCCCGCUCCCUGUCCUCGGCUGAGAAAAAUUACUCCCAAAUAGACAAGGAGGCACUGGGCCUGGUCUGGGGCGUAAAACGAUUUAACCAGUACUUAUACGGCAGGGAGUUCACCCUCGUGACCGAUCAUCAACCACUGGUCUCAAUAUUCAACCCCCAUAAGGCUAUCCCCAUGACCGCAGCGGCACGCAUGCAGCGUUGGGCCCUGUUCCUGGGAGGGCAUCGGUACAAGAUUGAAUUCAAGAGCACACUAAAUCACGCCAAUGCAGACGGGUUGUCUCGGUUGCCACUCGACACCGCAACAGGCACAAAAGGAGACAAAGAAUCAGUGGCGAUGUUCACGCUCAUGCAGAUCGAAAGCCUCCCAGUGACAGCGGAGAUGAUUGAGAGAGAGACCCGGAAAGAUGCGACUCUCUCACAAGUGUACAAAGCAACGCAGACAGGCUGGGCAGCUAGUGAAAGGUCUUUCCUCGCUCCAUAUUUCCAACGCCGGGAUGAGCUUGCUAUUGACUCUGGUGCCUUAUGUGGGGAAUGA